ACGAGGAUUUAAACGAAGACAGCGAGUCUUUAGCUGAACUCGUUCGCUCGGCAUUACGACUCUUUCACUGCUUGUCGGAACCACGCAGACUUGAAAAUGGCUCUUCGAGUGACCAGAACUCGGCUCGGUUCUACCAGAACCGAGCUCGGAGGAGGGAAGGCCUGCAUGAACGGGCCCAAGCAGAAGCCUCGAGGCGCGCUUGGUGAGAUCGGAAACGUCCCGCUGAACAAAGAGGUUCAGAAAAAGAAUGUCAAGAUCGAUGCUGCAAAGAAGCCUGAAGUUGUACCUAAAGCGGUAAAGGUGGAACAGCCCAAGCCUCCGGUCGUCAUUGCUGCUGACCCUGAGCCUGAAGUUCAGGUGCCGCCUGAACCCACCUCGCCCACUCCGAUGGAGACGUCUGGCUGCAAACCCGCUGAUCUCUGCCAGGCGUUUUCAGACGUCCUGCUCCACACCGCUGUCAGGGACGUGGAUGCGGACGACUAUGACAAUCCCAUGCUCUGCAGUGAAUAUGUGAAGGACAUCUACAAGUAUCUCCGUCAGCUGGAGGUUGAGCAGAACGUCAGGCCCACUUACCUACAGGGUCAGGAGGUUACCGGGAAUAUGAGGGCCAUCCUCAUCGACUGGCUGGUGCAAGUGAGCCUCAAGUUCCGUCUGCUGCAGGAGACCAUGUACAUGACCGUUGGAAUAAUCGAUCGCUUUCUUCAGGACCAUCCAGUCCCCAAGAAGCAGCUGCAGCUAGUGGGCGUGACCGCCAUGUUCCUUGCCUCCAAAUAUGAGGAAAUGUAUCCUCCGGAGAUCUCGGACUUUGCCUAUGUGACGGACCGGGCCUACACCACUGCUCAGAUCCGGGACAUGGAGAUGACCAUUCUGAGAGAGCUGAAGUUUCAGCUUGGCCGACCACUUCCCCUGCAGUUCCUCAGAAGGGCCUCAAAGAUCUAUGAGGUAACGGCGGAGCAGCACACUCUAGCCAAAUACGUCCUGGAGCUCACCAUGAUGGACUACGAGAUGGUUCAUUUCCCUCCUUCUAUGGUGGCCAGUGCUGCUCUGGCGUUCACCUUGAAGGUCCUGGAAGCAGGCGAAUGGGAUGUGACGCUGCAGCACUACAUGGACUACUCGGCAGAGAGUUUGAUUCCUGUUAUGGGGCACAUCGCCAAGAACGUUGUCAAGGUGACGGACGGGCUGACCAAGCAUGUGGCAAUCAAGGGGAAGUACUCCUCGUCAAAGCAGAUGAGAAUCGCCGCCAUCCCUCAGCUCAAGUCUUCUGUGGUCAAAGAUCUGGCAAAGCAGCUCGCCCAGUGAGGAGAGGACAAUCUCUGGCAUCAUCGUGUGCCAACUUGUAAAAAUGUAAUUUUAUUCUCGAACCUGCCUGGACAGUUGGGAGGGUUUUAUUUUUGUAGAUGUCGCCAGUUUUCUGCCGCUGGAUCGAGUUUUUGGUUCUUGGACCGAUCCAGCCGGUUAGCACCCGCUCUCAUUUUCCACCACCUUCAUCGUGACGGACAUCUUGACCUUUGAACUCCAGCUGUUCUAAACGGGUUUGUGGUCACAUGGACCAAUUCUGCAAUGGCCAUGAUGGUCCAGUGGAUGAAUUUUUCCCACUCUUACUGAUUUUUUUUUUAAAUGCUUUUAUUAUGAGAGGGGGGGGGGUGGGGGGAGAAAUGUACAGCGAUGCUUUUAAAAUGACUUAUGAAUGCCUUUUAUUCUAUUAAACCUAUUAAAUGGA